CCUGCUUGGCCGUGUGCCUAAAGCGCCACUGUCCCUUGUGAACUGUAAAAAAAAAAAAAAAAAAAAAAAAGGAUUCAUCUACUGCCCACGGAGGUAUCAAGUUGAAGUAGUGCUCUAACUCACCCAUAAAUUAUGAGCCUGGUGUUUGGUUUGUUUGCUCUUGUGUGCCGCUGGUGGAAGACAUCGGGGUGGCGCCUCCCUCCUUCUCCUCCUCCUCCUCUGCCUGCCUCCCUCCCACCCUCCCAACCUCCCAUCUCACCGCUCCCUGGGGUGUGUCUAUGGCAGCGCCUCUCAUCUCCACGCUGUGUGUGCGUGUUUGUGUGUGUGUGUGUGGAGUGCGCUGCUGUUGCUGCCGCCUCCUCCCUCUGCCUCCUAUCUGCAUCUGCUGCAGAGCUUAGCCAACACGCAUAUAUGCUCUCUCUUGUUUUCUCACUACCUUCCCAUUUCUACCCACCAGAAAAAAACAUUCUGUCUUUUUGUUGUUGUUGUUGCUGAUGAAGGAGUCAGCGCACACCUACAGCUGUGGAGUCUGGGUAGGUUGGGGUGGUGGUGAUGGGGGGGAGACAUGGGGCAGUCACUAGUCGUCCCUUUGGAGUAUUGAGGACGGCGGUGAACCGGGGGAGAGCGCCGGAUGGGAUAGGAGCCGUGAAACCCACAUCACUCACCGCGGAUUGAGCAAGCCCAAUUCCUACCUCCUCUCUCUCAUCCUCUCUCUCUCUCUGUCUCUCCCUAGUCUGCAGCCUCCAAGAACAGCCGCCGCAUCAUUUUUUCAGAGCAGCAGCCCCCUCCCUACCCCUCCUCCCUCCAUCCUCUCUCUUCUCUCCAUCUCCCUUUCUGCUGCUUGCACCACUGUGGGAAUGCAGCGAAGGUAAACGAAUGGUUGAGGCUCCCUUUUUCCUCUUCUUCUGCUUCUUCUUCUUCUCCCACCAAAUGCCGGAUCUAUUAUCAUAGUGACGGACUGCAGGCAGACAGCUCUGGAGACACACGGGCUGUCACUCCCGGGAAAUCAGAGUCGGGUGGUCGGACCUGGAUCAGUUGGAUUUAGCCCCGCUACUCCGGACACCAGCACCACCGCAUCUCAUUGGCAGAUCAAAUCAGAUUCCCCCCCCCCCCCCCCCCCUCCUCUGCCCUGCCUCGUUUUCAGUUUCGGCGGCUUUCACCGGCUUUCUCGCCACUGGAUUACCGACAGCUGGAGCGACUGAAAGGGUGGCCGGGCAUGGAGAACUAAGGGCUGUUAGAGGCAAACUUGAAGUAGCAGACAAAGACACCUGCGAGAGGAAAAGGAAGCUCUCAGAUGUGCGUAUAAAAGGUCAAAUGAACUAAACUGAAACCUAAGAGAAUAACGGAAUAAAGGAACAAGCAGUGGUUUGUAUUUUAAGGACCUUAUGCGGCCGAUAAUCAAGCAAUUGAGAGUGGAGAAGGGUGCUGCCGUAGCCUGGGUUGUUGAUGUACGCACGCUCACACGCACAUGGAUUUACAGCUCCAGUCUGAAGCUCACCAAGCAGCGGAUCGAUAUCCUUCUCCGUUUUUUUUUUCCCUUUUUUUUUUUUUUUUUUUUUUUUCCCUUUUUUUUUUUUAACAAGGGAGUGAAGCAUCCUGGGAUUUAUCAUCGCUUCGUUAGCGCUGAACUACAGUGAGGCGCCCCCUCGCUUCGCUCUCUCACCUGUCCAUAACCUGUGUGCUCCUGUGGAAGUGUGUAGAUAUUCUUGUGCAUAUUUGUGUGCGUGCGUGCGUGUGUGAUUGUGUGCGUCUGUGUGUACGCAUGGGUAUGCUUGGUUUCUUGUCCGCCAGAGGGAGUGUAGGUUAUAUUGCUUGUGUAUGCAUUUAAGUGCUGUGCCAGCUUUUAAUUAGUAGUACGUGACUGUGAAUGAUUGUGUCUGCUCGUGCUUGAGCAUAAGUUCAUGUUUUACAUUUGUGCAUAUAGAUAUAUAGGCUAGGUGUUGUGUGGGUACUUACUUAAGAUGCCCAGCAUUUCUUUGGCACCACAUCCCCUUCCUCGUGUAUGCCCUUGUGUCAUUUGGCCACCUGUUUGACCUCCUGAACACCCUAAGAGACGAAUAGCUCCAGCAGGAUGAGUGAGCGCUCUGGUGCGAGCACUCUAGCAGCGAUGACGCUGGAGGAGCCAGGGGCUGAACAGGCAUCUCCCCGAGCCCCGGGCCCUCUUCGCUGUGGCCCUUGUGCUGUGUGGCCUCGCCAGCAGACCUGGCUGUGUGCCGUGCCCCUGGUAAUGGGCUUUGUGGGACUGGGACUCAGUCUCAUGCUGCUGAAAUGGAUUGUGGUGGGAUCUGUCCAAGACUAUAUCCCCACUGAUCUGGUGGAUCCUAAAGGUAGCAUUGGACAGGACCCUAUAUUUCUCUCCAAACCCAGUGCCAUGCCCAAGGGGCCCGACAUUUCCACCGCCACCACUACUUCAGCUGCCUCCACCACAGCAAUGGUGUCUACUACCACGCCGCUAGCUGCGGAUGGUACUGCCCCCGCACCAAGAACUCGAUCAGGGCCGUCAGCAAACCACUCAGCCAAUGGCAGCACUGUCAAUGGAGAUGGCAACCUCGCCCCACACCUUCACAAUCGUGUUAGCAGCCGCACUAGUGGCACUGUGGUUACCACCUCCACCACUCGCGCCACCCGACUCACCCCACCACUCAGCGGUAAGGAGGUCACCCCUCGCAGCACAGUUAGAAAAGGAGGCAGUGCUGGAAAUGGACAAAACGGAGCCGCCAACCCAAAGACAGGACAGACUUCUGCUACCGUCACCACCACAGCAUCCACUUCAACUACCGCUACUGUAAAGAACACCGCCAAGAUGCAGCCGACCACCUCUCAGCCGGCAGCUCCGGUCAAACCCACGUCACGCUGGAAUCACGGGCGCCCAGGCAAGGGCCCCGCCACACGCCCACACCACCGCUUCCGAACGCCAGUGGCCCCCACACUUCCAAGUCUACGUUCAGAGGUCUUCAAGCCAUGUGUGGAAGACAAGGAUCUGGCCUUCUGUCUAAAUGAGGGAGAGUGCUCCAUCAUCGAAACCGUGGCUGGGGUUCACAGACACUGCAGGUGUAAGGAGGGCUACCAUGGCCUGCGCUGUGACCAGUUUGUACCCAAGACAGAUGCUAUCUUGUCAGACCCAACGGAUGAACUUGGGAUCGAGUUCAUGGAGAGCGGCGACACCUACCAGAGGCAGGUGCUGUCCAUCUUCAGCAUUGCCUCGGGGAUCUGUCUCCUUGGAGUGGCAUGUAUGGCUCUCUACCGCCGCAACAAGAGACACAGGGAAAAACUCCAGGCUCAUUUCUCUGACAGUCGCAGCCUGAGGGACUGCAGUGUCAACGCCUCUGGCCUCAUGUCCAAAUCUGCUCCCAGGCUUCAAUACAGCCUUCAAAUCCAGAAGAGCUGCGGUUCUCAUGGAUCGUCUAUCAAGGGCGUCAGCGUGGCAGCAGGCACAUCAACGGUAGCCCCACCUAUUCUCAGCAGAGCGCUGUCUAAAGGGAAACGCUUCAGAAGUAGUUCCCUCUCGCUUAGUCCGGCCCAACAACGCAGGGAGACUAAUUACUUCAGGACCCCGCCCAUUCCCAGAGGGAAACACAAAUCGACAAAUCUCAUCGAUGGAUCCAGAGUGGCCGGGCCUGUCUACAAACAUUUGCAGGAGGAUGAGUCAACAGACAUGGAGUCCGUAAGAAGGUGUGAUUCUGCCAGUGGACGGGUCGGCGCCCUCCUCAGCAGGACCUCGCUCUCUCACUUCGCAGCCAGAAAAGGAUGGACCGAGGUCCCCUGCACCCGUCUGGAUAAGGGAACAACCUUCCUUCCACCCUCCCUGCGCACCCGUUCUGUGCCCAUCAUCCCCUCACUCCAAGCGAGUGACCUCGAAGCACCGCAUGUGGACACGAGUGAGCGGAACCAAGGGGGGCUCCUCAAGUGGCACCCUGCGCUGGCUGGAAAGGCAAUGGUGCCCAUUAGCAAUUCUCCCUCUCCCCCAUGCGAGACUGUAGUGCUGGCGCCUGGUGUUAUGCCCAGCAGUGUUAGCCCUCCCUCUGCCACCACUACUGCUCCACUGGGGUCGGAGAAGAAUCCCUGCUCCGCACAAACACCCUGCUCCAUUGAAAUUACAGUGGAGCUUGCGCAGGAAUUAAAACAGAAAAGCCUUUCCAGCUCCAUGAAAAUGUCUGGGUCUCACAGCGAGAUCCACCGCAGUGGCACAAACACUCUCGAGGCUGGGACUGUGCAGGAGUGGGAACGGAAAAGCGUCCAAUACUCAGCCAGAGUUCAGCACACAGGCAGUGGGACCAGAGGUUUGAAGGCAGCAGGCCAAAGAGAAGCCCAGGGACAAUGCCAAGGUCAGACAUCUCUUGUGUACGGAGGUGCAAACUGCUCCUUGGCCACCAAAGGACCCAGCUGCAGAGGAACUGGAAAUGCUCAUGCCAAGCCCUCUGCAAGCUGAUUGGAUUAACUCUGUAAAGCUUCAAAGACACCGUUCCCAAUAACUGUAUACUUUUGCUAGCGGCACAGGAUGGUUAGCAGGUGUGACCAUCUGUGUGGCCACACGGACCAAUAACAGGUGGCCGUUGAUUUUGAAGAACACGAACAGAUUGAACUGCAGAGUGAAAAACACUGACACAACAAAAGACUUCAAGUUAUAACGAAAAAGAGACAAACAAACACACAUUGUGAAUAAAUGUGACUCAAUAACAAAAACAAAACCGUGACUUGAGUGGGAGCUUGACUUUAACAGUGUAUUGAAAAAAAAAAUGCCACUAUUUAAAAGGAGCUUCUACUUAGAAACCAAAAUAGUGUGUCAUCUCUAUGUUGUUUCUCUAAUGUAAAGAAAUGAAAUUAUAUAUGUCAUAUAAUAUAUGUCAUAUAGACGUAUAUAUAUUUGACAUACAGUUGUGACAAAAUAAAGACUAAGAUAACAGUGUUAAUUAAGGGCUUUGUUCAUCUCAAUCCAUUCUCACCACACUGAUGUGAAGGAAGGUUGUGCUUGUGUUUGCUAAUUGCUGUCUAUAAUAUACAAUAUAAAACAAUCAAUGUAGAUACCGAUGAUGGUCAAAUCACAUCAAACAUAAAGAAUGCCAUAUUGGGACAAAUUGCACCCUAGUAACCUCUUUAUCUCCAUGGCAACAGACACCUGUGGCAUGCACAUUCUUCCUUUUUUUAGAGUGGAUUUAAUCAUGCACCUGCUUAGCUAUCCCCUGUACCCCAACCCUAAAAACAGCCACACUAAUUAAGUGUAGCUCAUUAUUUUUGCUUCAGAUAUUUACCAGAUGUCUUUUGGGUAGCUGAUCUUCAGGUGUGUGUGUGUGUGUGUGUGUGUGUGUGUGUGUGUGUGUGUGUGUGUGUGUGUGUGUGUGUGUGUGUGUGUGUGUGUGUGCGUGCGUGCGUGCGUGCGUGCGUGCGUGUGUGUGUAUGUGUGUGUUGGCGGGAGGUCCACUGGAAUUAAUGAGGGUAAAGAAGGUGCAACAGGAAGGAGGAAGUACUCCCCUGAAAUUAUCUUCUCUUUUUUAUUCUCAAGUUCUAGACAAAAAAAAAGUUUCCACAAGCGUCUAACAAUGAUGGUACAAAAUGAGCAGAGGAUAAUGGGUAAAGGUUUGGUGAUGGAGCACGAACACUGUGUGUGAGGGGAAAAGAAAGUUUGCAAUGCUGUGAAUGAUUAGAGCGCUUCUGAGAUUUUCCAUGUUUUCACUGAGGCAGCAUUACAGUCUAUGUUCAUUAUUUCCCAUGAUGCACUUUAUACCGUGCCCAUAGGCUACAAAUACAAAAGAAGAACCUCCUCACUGUUUUGAGUUACAGCAAUGGCCAUGAGGUUUGUGGCUGGAAAUGAAGCACAGCAGUACACAAGCUGAAUACAAUUCUUUAUUUGUGCCUCAUUUACCUCAAAUUCAGUAUAUCUGAGUUUCCGCCCGUUCAGGUCUGCUAUGACUCCCGCAAGUUAAGUUGUACAGGACUUACAAAUGGGUAUUAUUGAAAUUUCUUCAUCACUGAUCUGCAGAAUAAAACUAUCUGGGGUCUAUAAGAAGGUUUUUAUGAAGAUUAAAAUGAACUUCAUUGAUCCCCUGAGGGGAAAUUGAGCCAAGGCAGCUGCAAAGUAAAGAUAAAAUUACCAUAAAUAGAAAAUAUUUAGGAUUCUAAAUACGCACAGUGGGUGUUGGCUAGACAGAACUCACCGCAAAUUUCACUGAAUUUUCAGAUGUUUAAGGAUUUACAUACUGUGUUUACCCUGCAGUGCAAGCCCACAAAGGGAAGGUUGCAAAUAUAGACAAGUGCCAAAUUAAAAGAAAAACCUGAAUAAAGUGGAGAAACAUAAUGAAUGUUGAUGCUCUAACAUUCACUGACUGGUUUUCUGGAUAUGAAAAUGAUGUGAAUGCUACACCCUUCAUUGUCACCGGGUCUCAAUCCAAUUGGACACCUAUGGGGGGUUUUGGACUGACCACCACCAUAAUAAAAAAUUAAAAUAAGGGAAUAUCUUCAGGAAGAGUGGUAGUCGCCCCUCCAGAAGACUGCCUGAUGUAGAAUCUGUUCCAAGGAGCACUGAAUCGGUCCUGGAACCCAGCACAGGGUGGCACAGAAAUCAUCAGUAAUAUUUACAGCAGCAUCAUUAUCCACUAUGUCUAUGAGCAGCGGUUUAAUAUUUAGGCAGCAGUUAUGAUAUAAUAUUUGUCCCAUUUCAUACCAUCAAAAUUUGUCUUAAAUGAUUUAUGGAGCAUUAAUGUUGUUAGUUAAGUUUUGACACAUUUCAUAUAAAAAUGCUGCACAUUUCAUGCAUUUUGUUGUAAAAUCCUAAAUUUAAAUCUGCACUGCUGCUUCUGCUGUAAUGUGGGGUAAUGCUUGAGUCUACUUUUGUUUCUGAUAAUGACAUGUCUUUUUGCAUAUCUUGUUCUUUUGACAAGAAAUGUAAAUAUCCUACAAGUGGCUCUAUCCAACAGGUCACCAUAAACUUACAGCGGCCAGUCCAAAAAUCACUGAUUACUUCUCACAGAAACCUGUGACACCACAUGUCUUUGAUCUCCUUUAUUGAUCUUGUGAAAGCACACCAUAAAGUAUAGCACCUAAAAGAAAUCUCAGCAUUGUACUCAAAUUUAAAGCUGGAAAUAAUGAUACUACCAUCGGUUCCUGUCUGAGAAGUCUCCUCCCGGUGUGGCACUAAUGAGAGGCCAUGUGGAUUUGAAAAGGAAAGGAUCGGUCUUUGAUCAGCGCUCACACUGAACACUGGAAACACUGUUUGAAGCACCACUCGAAAGAGUCCCAAUCUCUGUUUGCUGACCGGGUUCUCCUACUAAAAAAAAAAAAAAAAAAAUCUGAGCCAAGGCAUCAGGCAAGACCCGCCUGAGGCUAUGUGACUUGUUGAACUGUAGCUGUUACCGUAAUCAAGACAGAAAAUGAGAGCACUCUGAAUGAGCAGCAGCCAAGGUUCAGUCAAUUGAAAAAACAUGACUUUGAUGUCACACUGUUAUAUAUCGUUUAGGUCUUCAUUAAGGAUUAUAUUAGUCAUUUUCCAAAAGAUGGCGCUUUUUAAAGAACAUCAAAGGGAUUACAUUUUUGCUAGUGUCAAUAAAACAUCUUAGCCCACACUUUUUGCAGAAGCAUGAAGUAUAAAUUCUUGGUUCUAUUUGUGGACAACAUGAGAGGAUGAUGACUUUGUGAAGGGGCUGUAAAACGCACAAGCAAGGACAACAACGAGGAAGAUUAAAAAGUAAGUGUUCUCAUUACCUGAAAUGAGCCAGGUUUGUCGGAGGUGGGCCCUGUAGCCCUUCGAUUAAUCCUCACUGGUGUCGACUCUUUUAUGUUACUGAGGAAUGUCACACACACGACUGGCCUCCCUCACUCAGUGUGAGAGGAAUACUAAUGUGCCAUGGGUGCAGGGGGACAGUGAGGUUCCCCACCAGAUGGCAUGGAGAUUAUGAGGACAGCAGGCCGGCAUGUGUAAUGCAGCACUACCAGUGUGGAUGUCUGCUAUCAUCUCUCACAGGCUCUUCCAUGUGAUAUCAGGUGAUAUUUAACACAUCCACUGGCUGUGUUAACACAAGUGACAAUUUCUUCCCUGAAAUUAAAUAUGACUUAUUUUCAUGUUUUUAGCAACCAACCAACAAACACACUGAAAACAAUAAAACAGUAGGCUCUUCUGUCAGUGCACGAUGCUUUGGUUCAGCUUCCUUGUAACACUUAUGAAUGUUUAAUGUGAUAGAAGUAAUAAAGUUUGUUAUUUUGUUUUUCUUGCCAUCUG